UCCACCUGCUCCUCUCACCUCUCCACCUCCAUCACCAGAACCAUGACCUGCUGUGGCUGUUCCGGAGGCUGUGGUUCCAGCUGUGGGGGCUGUGGCUCCAGCUGCUGCUGUGUGCCUGUGUGCUGCUGCAAGCCUGUGUGCUGCUGUGUGCCAGCCUGUUCCUGCUCUAGCUGUAGCAAAGGGGGUUGUGGCUCUUGUGGCUGCUCUAAGGGUGGCUGUUCCUCCUGUGUGUGCUCCAAGGGUGGCUGUGGCUCUUGUGGCUGCUCCAAGGGUGGCUGUGGUUCCUGUGGCUGCUCCAAGGGUGGCUGUGGUUCCUGUGGCUGCUCCAAGGGUGGCUGUGGUUCUUGUGGGUGCUCCAAGGGGGGCUGUGGCUCCUGUGGGUGCUCCAAGGGGGGCUGUGGCUCUUGCGGCUGUUCCAAGGGGGGCUGUGGCUCCUGUGGGUGCUCCAAGGGGGGUUGUGGCUCCUGUGGGGGCUGUAAGAGCAGCUGCUGCCAGUCCAGCUGCUGCAAACCCUGCUGCUGCCAGUCCAGCUGCUGCAAGCCCUGCUGCUGCCAGUCCAGCUGCUGCCAGCCCUGCUGCUGCCAGUCCAGCUGCUGCCAGCCCUGCUGCUGCCAGUCCAGCUGCUGCCAGCCCUGCUGCUGCAAGCCCUGCUGCAGCCAGUCCAGCUGCUGCCAGCCCUGCUGUUGCAAGCCCUGCUGCUGCCAGUCCAGCUGCUGUGGCCCUGUGUGCUGCCAGUGUAAGAUCUGAGCUUCUAAGCUUAGAUGAGCCAGCCACAAUUCAAGGCUAACCCUCUGUGUUGGAUGAACCCAGCUGUGCCUCCCACUUCCUAAGUAGAGCCCGUGCACUCACGUAAUGUCUCCUCUCAGGCUCUCCUCCCAAGUCACCCUCUGGCUCAAUUGGCAUGCUGUUUCACUCAGCAGCCUGAGCAAUGAACACCUUCUAUCCUGCCUUUGGGUCUAGGAGAACCCUUCCGUUGGAGUCCCCUUUGGAAAGAUGUGGGGUAAAGAUUUGCUGGAACUUUCUGUGGGCUAUACACUAUUGUCUCUUAACCUGAAUGUUGCAAACCAAUAAAACCACACGACCACAAACCAA